AUAUUUUAUCCUUAUCGGUUUCGUUAGUAUCAAGAUAAACAUAAUAAUCUGAAUUAAAACAAAGAAAAGGAAGGUAAUUAACUCAAUUGUUUCUUAUUUAUUCUUGUAUAAACUGGUCAAAAUUAUAAUUAAUCCAUCUCAAAUUGAAAUAAUGACGAGCAGACGAUUUACAUUAUCGUUUGGGAUUUCCGGAUUAUAUCGAUCAUUCGUAUUCUUAAUUCUAUUUAUUCGAUUUAUUUAUUCGGAUUACAUAAUAUUUCCGGAAUCCGAAUCGAACAAAAUAUUCCGUUACAACAUAUCGGACAGCUUCCUCAUACAAAAUGGCACAGAAAUAUCGCCCAUUUCGAUCGCCAGUCCGCUCGCUAUGGAUGUGGACCCAGUUGAGCGCAAGAUUUAUACCACGAAUUCUCAAUCCGGUACCAUUAUUCGCUUCAACUUUGAUGGUUCAGACCUCGAAAUCAUCCGGAAACUUAACCCUCUAAAUUCCUUAACUUCCGGCGUGAGCAUAGACCCGAGCUCUAGGCUUCUAUAUUAUGGCGAUCCCGGCACGGACACUAUCAGCGUCAUGAGGUUAGACGGUAUGUAUCACAAGGAACUGUUCAACGAAAAUACGACCAAGGUUAAGGCCAUCCAAGUCGCUCCGGAACUCGGUUUAUUGUAUUGGACGGAUUGGGGCCAACCGCCAAAAAUCGAAAGAUCUCACAUGGACGGCACCGAUAGAACUGUCAUUAUAGACACAAAACUCGUCAUGCCUUGGAGUUUGGCUGUCGAUCAAAUCGAGCGUAAAUUGUAUUGGGGCGACGCUAAACUCAAAAAGAUAGAAGUUUCCGAGUUGGACGGGACGGGACGCGCCGUUGUACUCGAAACUAAGGUAAUAUACCCUUUCGGCCUAGCCUUGUACCAAGACCAUCUGGUGUGGACGGAUUGGAGCCAAAGCAAAUUAUUAGCCCUUAAAAAAACCGAGAGGGACGCUCACCACGUGAUAGACCCAGUUGACCGACUUUUCGAUAAGCUGGGGGACGUAAAGAUAUACAGAGACACGGAUGCCAAGAAUGCAUUGUCACCCAUCAAUCAUCCUUGCUCGACUAAUAAUGGUGGGUGUACUCAACUAUGCUUUCCGACUCCAUCUAGUGGUUUGGCGACAACUGAUUCAUUGACACGCAUUUGUGGGUGUCAAGAUGGCAGUUCCUUGCUGAGCGAUUCCACAACUUGCGAAGGUUAUCGUCCUCUGGACGAAUUCUUGCUAGUCAGCGAUUCCUACCAAGCCAAGAUAAUGGUGAUGGACAUGUCCUCUCACGAGCGCCACUUCUACUUGCCGAUACUCGAAAUGAAACGGCCCGACGCCGUCGAUUACGACCCCAAGGAAAAAUUCGUAUAUUGGGUCGAUGAGGGGACGAAAGUCAUAAGGCGCAUUCAUUUGGAUCCGACCGGACCUGUUAAUGGAAUGUCCAUGAGAUUUUUGAACGAUUUGGUAUCGAACCCAACUGGAAUGGCCAUAGAUUGGUUAUCACGUUUGAUAUAUUACAAUAACGCUGGUUUGAAACUGAUGGCGGUUAUGGACGUAAACGGCAAAAAUCACAAAGUUCUCAUUAAGAAUUUGGAAGAUCCUAGGGCUAUGGCCCUAGAUGCAGAGGCUGGUAUGUUAUUCUGGAACGAGUGGGGUGAGAACCCGAGCAUAAAAUCGAGUUGGGGCGAUGGGACCAACAUUAAAAUUUUAGCCACCGAAGGAGUCAGUAAUCCCACUGGAAUAGUAGCCGAUCAUCAAGAGGGUAACUUGUACUGGUGCGACGCACGGCUUGACAAAAUCGAGCGCAUGAAUUACGACGGCACAAACCGUUCCGUCAUAUUUUUCGGUACCUCGAUCCAUCCCUACGGAAUAGCCGUUGAUUCUUCUUUCAUUUACUGGUCUGAUUGGACGAGGUCUAACGUGUUGCGCUCCCCCAAGUUCGGCCAGUACAACGAUAAACUCAGCCUGGGACCUAAAGUGUUCAGUCGAUUAGGAACCUUAAGAGUUUUCCUCAAGAACCUAACGGCCAUCACUAAUAGUUGCGUUCGUAACGGUGGUUGCAGCCAUAUUUGUUUUCCACUCCCUAUUUCUGCCGGUGGAAGGCGUGUCACUUGCUCUUGUCCAGACGGACUCAUUCUCUCCAAUGAUAAACGAACCUGCUCAUCUGAAACCGAAAUGUUUGAACGAUUCUUGAUAUUCGCUGACGGUGUACUUCCCGAUAUAUUUGUCAUGAAUUAUGAUGACAUGACAAAAUUCCAUCUUAUCCCUGGCCUAUCCCAUGCUAGGCCCGCGGCCCUUGAUUAUGAUCCUGUUGACAAGUUCAUGUAUUGGUCCGAUGUACGGGAGCGGAAUAUUAAGAGAGCGACUUUAGACGGCAAGGGAUAUAAAGUGGUCAAGCAGCUGUUGCCUAAUGUUUCCUUACCGGAUGGAUUAACCCUUGAUCCGGUCAUAAGACUAAUUUAUUAUUCGGACACGGGUCGCAACGUCAUAAGCGUGCUCUCACUGGAUGGUGCCAAGCACAAGGAUAUUGUUACCGAGAAUUUGGACGAACCCAGGGCCAUUCAAUUGGACGUCGAUAAUGGUUACAUGUAUUGGACCGAUUGGGGCUCGCACGCCAAAAUAGAGAAGGCCUAUAUGGAUGGGACCCACCGCAAGACCCUCAUCGAAGAUGACAUCAUAUGGCCUAACGGGUUAUCGAUCGACAAACAAAACAAACGACUGUUCUGGGUAGACGCUAAACGCGACACCUUAUCAUCCUGCGAUUUUGAUGGCGGGGACCUUCGUUUGAUAGUUAGUAUGGUGAGAAAACAUCCGUUUGCUUUAACCAUAACUCCUGACUACUUUUUCUGGACCGAUUGGAUAACGUCUACUGUUAGGCGAUUACCUAGAGUCGAUUUACAGCUUACAACAACCGAUGGGAGUAGGGGCAAAAGACAAGCCUCUACGACUUCUGCUUUCCGCCCUAAGCAGGUCGCCGUCUCUUCCCUCACUUCUGCACCUACCCCUACCUCCAAUGAUCAACAAUCACUCAGUACUACUUUGACUAGCCUUGUGAUAAUGACCCAAGCGUCCUCAAUCCAACCCACUAAUAAUGCAUCUCUUACCCCAUCUCCUUCUCUCGAUCCCAUGACUUCUGCCGAUAAAGUGGUAGACAUCACGAGCCCUACUUUUUCACGACUUCUAGAUAUUCACGCCUACGUGGGUCCACCCAAAUCUUCUUCCUAUAUGCCGCAUCCGUGCCGUCAGCCCGAAAAUGGCGGUUGCUCGGACUUAUGUUUUCCCGUACCCGAAGGCAUGAGAAGGGUUUGCGCAUGCUCAGAUACGAGGUAUCCCAAGACGAGGGCCCUCAGAGCAGGCGAUACCGAACUCCCUAUAAAAAUGAAUAGAGACGAUAUAGACGAUAACCCACUCUUAUCUGACGGCCUAACUUGCUUAGCAGAUUUAAUAUGCCGACAUAAUCUAUCCAGCCUUUUAUCCGGUCCCUUUCCACCUCAGGAUAUCGAAGCUGUCAAUUGCGGGUUUGGUCGGCUAGGUUCGACUUGCGAAUUCAGAUGUAAAACCGGAUAUGUCAAAGUAUCCGGUACCGAAAUUCGAACUUGUACCAGCAAAGGCGACUGGUCUGGAAGCCUCCUAAAAUGCGAAGGGCGUCAAUGCGUUCCAAUAAACAGUCCCGCCAACGCUAUAAUAGAAAAAUGCCCUGGCACUUACGGAACUACUUGUCAUUUUAAAUGUCAAGACGGGAGUAAAUACAUCAGCGGCGACUUUGAGAGGACUUGCAAUUCUGAUGGAACUUGGGGCGGUUAUCCACUUGUUUGCCAAAAAACGUCUUGUCGAUACCCUUACCUAGAUGACGAGAAUGUCAUAGCUAGUGCUUGCCCGACCGAGCCUAAACCAGGGUCGGUGUGCCAUCUUAAAUGUAAACCUGGGUUCGUGCCGAAAGUUGGGGCGGAAUCCGCAAUUUGUCAAGAUGACGGAACAUGGUCUCAGCCUUUACUCUCUUGCCACGCCCUAAACUGUGGCUCCUUGCCCCCUUCCAUCGCGAACUCGGUGGACAUUUCAUGUUCCGACACGACUGCAGGUUCGGUAUGUCUCAGAAAAUGCCCUCCUCAUCUAUCCUACAUCUCCGGCACCAAGGCCAGAGAAUGCCUUCAAAGUGGGACUUGGUCUGGUUCAGAUUUGAUUUGCUCUACCUGUCACCCAUUAGCCAAACCAGCUCGAGGAAUAUUGGAAUGCUCGGCUGGAGAGAAAAGUGGAAUUGGAGCAGAAUGCAAGAUCACCUGCGAUCUCGGCGCUGUUAUGAUAGUCGAAGAAGCCAAAGAAGGAAAGAAUUUCAAAUGCCAAAAUACUGAAUGGUUACCCGACUUGGAGACUCCUAGUUGUUCUGAACUCGUUCUUCCUACCACUGUUACAGUGAGCGGAAACCUCUCUCUCAAAACUGCUGGCAGUGUUCCUUACAUAGAUAACAAGGAUUGUCAAGACACAUUUUUGAGGGAAGCCCUUACGAAUUGGCUCAGGAAUUCUCCCAUGCUUUUGGGCUGCAUGGACAGCGAUCUAUGCGAAAUCAAGGACCUCAAAGUUGUUUGCCUCGAUUCUAAGGACGAUAUACGUUUCGAUUACCGUUACAGUUUCGUAGCUGUCAAUUCUCUAACCGGCCGAUUCCUCGCAGCCGAUUAUAGAUCAAAAACAACGGAUGCCGCUAUUAACGUGACAUCAUCUGUCGCUUCCUUCUCUCGUUCUAUCCAAACGCGUUCCUUCUCUUCGGUUUCGUUGAUUCGAGGUUCCGCGCCAUUCUCUGUAGAUCCCAUGGGCUCGAGUUUGCCCGCCAUAAGCAUUACGUGUCAGCCCGGCCAUAUAAUCGUCGACAACCACGAUUGUGCCGCAUGUCCGGCUGGUACCAUGUUAAACAAAUUAACCUAUCAAUGCACGCCCUGCCCCGUGGGCGAAUUUCAAGUAAUGGCCGGGCAAACAUUCUGCUCCAAAUGCCCGACCGGAACAUCUACUCACGUUAGAGGGUCUUACAAAUGCCAGAAAUUAAUCACUAAUGCUUCCUCUCUUAAAAAUGGUAAUGUAUCAAGUGGUGUAGCCUUGGUCGUAUUUUUGGUGCUAUUCAUUUUAAUUGCCAUUUCUAUCGGUGCUUUCAUCUUUUAUCAACGUAGAGGAAUGAAGUUACCAUCUAUCGCUAAAAUUCCCUUACCACCCAAACUCACUGGCCGGGGCAAAGCUGACCAACAAGAAAUGACCAAUGUCCCAUAUGAAAAUUUUUGAAAUAAUGAGGAAAAAAUCAAAAUUUAUAAACAAUUAUAUUAUUAUUUAUCUCUUAUGAGUGAGUUGAUAACGUUGCUAGAGAGUCUUGAUAUGUAAGAUCAUCCUCCUCUACUUUUAUCUUUUUAUAUAUAUUAUAAUACCUCUUUAUCUUGUAAUUCCUUUCUUGAUUCUAUAUUUCUCUUCCACUUAAAUUAUGAAUCUCGGAAUCAAAAGUUUACCAACUCCUCCCACCUUCCCAUUCCUAUUUAUAGGAAUUAAUUUAACUAAUUGAUUAGCAAUGUUAAUUGUUUAGAUUUAUUUUAUAUAUAUAUUUUUUUUAAACUAUACAAAUACAAAGUAUUAGAUGGCGAUGAUAAAUAUGUUUUUUUUUGAAUUUAUAAAUCUAAUAUUUUUGAUUUAAUGUUUUCUUUGGUUUUUUUUUUUGAAAAAAAAAUUAAACUUUUGCAAAUAAAUUUUCUAUCAAAAGAUAAUAUAUUAAUUAGGCAUAUAUUUUUUAAAAUUAUAAUUGAGUCAAGCGCGCAAUUUUAAUGAAUGUAUGCGGUGAAAUGGCAUUAUUUUAUUGUUUUUUAUAUAUUAUCACCCCCCCCCCCCCCUCAUAUGCUCUUUAUUUUUAAAAUUUCUUCCCAUUGUUUAAAAUA